UUCCGCAUUCUAUGCUGCAAAUGGACCAAAUAAUGGUCACCACCAAACCUCAUCUCCUAUCACCUUCUCUCCUUCCUCCCUCCAGAUUCAAAAUCAACAAAAUCCCUAUAAAAAACCCAAACUCAGACCCAUAUAAGCACCAAACAACCACUUCUUUCACACCACAUGAACACCCCAACUUUGAACAGACCCAGCAAAUCCAUGCCCACUUGAUCAAAACCCAAUUUGAUCACACCAUUCAAAUUCCUCUUAGGCACCUCCAAACCCACUUGAGCCCUGCUGCCCAAUACAAUUUCUUAAUAACUUCUUACAUUAAGAACGACUGCCCCAAAAUUGCACUCAAAUUAUAUGCUCAAAUGCGUAGAAUGGACACCCAAGUUGACAGUUUCACCAUCCCCUCAGUCCUCAAAGCUUGCGGCCAAUCCUCUUUGGCUGUUUUAGGAAAAGAGACGCACGGUUUUGCAUUAAAGAAUGGAUUGGAUAGUGAUGUUUUCGUGAGCAAUGCGUUGAUCCAAAUGUAUAGUGAAUGCGGGAACGUGGUAUUUGCUCGCUUAUUGUUUGAUCAAAUGGCUGAAAGAGAUGUUGUUUCUUGGAGUACCAUGAUUAGGAGCUAUGUUAGAAACAGAUUGUUUCGUGAGGCAUUGGAACUUAUCAGGGAAAUGCAUUGUAUGCAAGUAAAGCCUAGUGAGAUUUCCAUGGUUAGCAUGGUUAAUCUCUUUGCAGACGUUGCAGAUAUAGAAAUGGGGAAAGCGAUGCACGCUUAUGUUGUAAGGAAUGGUACUAAUGAGAAACUGGGAGUUUCCAUAUCUACUGCUUUAAUAGACAUGUAUGUAAAGUGUGGAAAUUUAGCGUAUGCAAGGAGGGUCUUUGAUGGGUUAGCUCAGAAGAACAUUGUUUCAUGGACCGCCAUGAUCGCAGGAUACAUACAUUGCAGAAAUUUACAAGAGGGAGCAAAACUUUUCAACAGAAUGCUGGUGGAAAGAAAUUAUCCGAAUGAGAUUACAAUGUUGAGUUUGGUUAUCGAGUCUGGGUCUGUAGGUGCUCUGGAAUUGGGCAAGUGGUUGCAUGCCUAUAUUUUGAGAAAUGGGUUUAUCAUGUCUUUGGCAUUGGCCACUGCUUUGGUUGAUAUGUAUGGAAAAUGCAAGGAAAUCACAUAUGCAAGGGCUCUUUUUGAUAGCGUAGAUAACAAAGAUGUCAUGAUUUGGAGUGCCUUGAUCUCAGCUUAUGCACAUGCCAAUUGCACUAAUCAGGCUUCAGACCUCUUUGCUCAGAUGAAGGAUAGUGGAGUAAGACCAAAUCAAGUAACCAUGGUUAGCCUCAUUUCAUUAUGUGCAGAAGUUGGAGCCCUUGACUUGGGCAAGUGGGUUCAUUCUUACAUAAACCAGCAACGGAUGGAAGUUGAUGUCAUAUUAAGAACAGCUCUAGUGGACAUGUAUGCGAAGUGUGGGGACAUAGAUAUGGCUCUGAUGCUAUUCAGUGAAGCCUCGAAUCGAGAUAGUUGCAUGUGGAAUGCCAUGAUGACUGGCUUUGCUAUGCAUGGUUGUGGAAAACAAGCUUUGGAACUCUUUGAGCAAAUGGACAGACAAGGUGUUGAGCUUAAUGACAUCACAUUCAUAGGAGUUCUCCAUGCUUGUAGUCAUGCUGGAUUGGUGGCAGACGGAAAGUGGCUUUUUGAGAAAAUGGUUCAUGUCUAUGGCUUGGCUCCUAAGGUUGAGCACUAUGGGUGCAUGGUGGAUUUGUUAGGUCGAGCUGGGAACCUUGACGAGGCUCAUAAAUUGAUCAAAAGCAUGCCUAUGCAGCCCAACACAAUUGUAUGGGGUGCCCUGCUUGCUGCGUGCAAAAUUCACAAGAAUCCCAACUUGGCUGAAGUAGCAGCAAGAGAGCUUCUUGAGUUGGAACCUCAAAACUGCGGUUACAACAUUCUGAUGUCAAACAUCUAUGCAGCAUCAAAUAGAUGGAAUGAAGUUGAUGGGGUGAGAAAAUCUAUGAAAGAUAGAGGAACCAAGAAAGAACCAGGACUGAGCUCAAUUGAAGUAAACGGCUCAGUUCAUGACUUCAUAAUGGGAGAUAAGGCACACCCUCAAACAAGAAAGAUUUAUGAAAUGUUGGCUGAGAUGACCAAGAAGCUGAAAGAGGCUGGUUACACUCCCAACACUUCUGUUGUGUUGCAGAACAUUGAUGAGGAAGAGAAAGAAACGGUGGUUAACUAUCAUAGUGAGAGACUGGCCAUGGCAUUCGGUCUUAUCAGCAGUGCUGCAGGUAUGCCAAUUCGGAUUGUAAAGAAUCUCCGAGUUUGUGAAGAUUGUCACACAGCAACCAAGCUUUUAUCCAAAAUAUAUGGGAGGGUAAUGAUAGUAAGGGACCGUAACCGCUUUCACCAUUUCAGAGAUGGAUAUUGUUCUUGUGGUGAUUAUUGGUAGCAU